GAACUCAGACCUUCGCUCGUCGUGGAGACCCCCACUAUCUUCACGUUAGUCUGAUAUCACUUUAGAACGACAGUAUAUGACACUACCGGCAUCGAGUCGCCUGGAAAUGCGCCACCGGUCUGCACUCGCCUGACGCGCACUGACGCGCACUGACAUCAGAUCGGUGAGUCCUUGCCGAAUCGCAGCUUUAGGGAGUCUCAUCGGUGGAAAACUCAUCAUCAAGUGCUCAUCAUGGCAUCUGAACCAGACCACAACAGACGCAGACUUCAGGAGAUCCGGAACACACCGGGAAACAGCGUCUGCGCCGACUGCGGUGCUCCAGGUCCGGAGUGGGCGUCUUUUACCCUGGGUGUUUUCAUGUGUCCGGGCUGCUCAGGCAUCCACCGCAGCAUCGCUCAGAUCAGCAGGGUCAAAUCUGUAUUGCUCGACCCCUGGGAGAAAUCUGAAAUAGAGUUGAUUGCAUCUGUUGGCAACAAUGCUGCUAAAGCCAAGUAUCAACAGACGGUGCCAGCGUUCUAUUACACCCCAACACACACCGACUGCCAGCUGCUGAAGGAACAGUGGAUCCUAGCUAAAUACGAGAGACACGAGUUUAUUCAUGUGGACAGACAGGAGCCAUACUCAACAGGCUACAGGGAGGGGUUUCUAUGGAAACGAGGGCGAGACAACGGCCAGUUCCUGAGUCGAAAAUUCAUCCUGUCAGAACGAGAGGGAGCUCUGAUGUACUUCAACAAGCAUGACGCCAGGGAGCCCAAGGCCAUAAUGAAGAUCCAAACCAUCAAUGCCACUUUCCAGCCAACCAAAAUUGGGAAUCCUCAUGGUCUUCAGAUCACCUACCUGAAGGACAACAGCACCAGGAACAUCUUCGUAUACCAUGAGGAUGGAAAGGAAAUGGUGGACUGGUUUAACGCCAUACGAGCUGCUAGAUUUCAUUAUUCACAAGUUGCUUAUCCCGGAGCUCCUGAUGCUGAUUUGGUGCCCAAACUGACAAGAAACUACAUAAAGGAGGGCUACAUGGAAAAGACUGGGCCAAAGCAAACAGAGGGUUUUAAAAAGCGCUGGUUCUCCCUGGAUGACAGAAGACUCAUGUACUUUAAAGAUCCCUUGGAUGCCUAUGCGAGGGGGGAAGUGUUCAUUGGCAGCAAAGAUAGUGGCUACACAGUGGUACCAGGCCUGCCCCCCUCUACACAGGGCUACCACUGGCAGUUUGGUAUCACCAUUGUGACCCCUGACAGGAAAUUCCUGUUUGCCUGUGAGACAGAGGAGCAGCAGAGAGAAUGGAUGACCGUGUUUCAGCUGGUCAUCAACAGACCCAUGCUACCCCAGGAGUAUGCAGUGGAGGUGCAUUUUAAACAUAAGCCCUGAGCUUGGGUGGGCAUCGAGAGCUCAGGAGCAGCUACGGAAGCCUUCAGAGGACACACAGCACAAGAGCCUAUCAGUGAGGUGCACAGGGAGAGCGAUGGAGAUGAGACAGCAGGCCCAAGACACGACGUCUGCACUGAUGCAAUGACUAUGCCAUCUUUGUACUUUAAACACUGUACAUCAUCACGUCCAUCUCUCAUCAUCAUCCAGUCCUGUCCAGUAAAUGAUCAUAUGUAGUCUGAUAGUAAUAUUUCAGAAAAGGGAGACAGAAUGGACCGCACAGAGCAGGUCGGUGGAUUGGAUGAAUUUUGACCUGAGAAUGUAUAAUACCGUAGCCUCUAUUACCUGAGACAGAUGUGCAAACUUACCAGGUGAAACUGUCAAAUGUAACUCCUCUUAUUAAUUUAUUUAUUCGUCCGUCAUGGUAUGUUGAGCUGACAGUCAUGUUCAUGUGCGAGUAUUACAGGAAUAAUUGUGAAUGUACCCAAUCAGCUGUAAAAACAGUUCAGAAAGUCAUUUGGAUGGAGAAUGCAUGCAAUUGUGUAGGUGUUGUCAAAAUAAACAAUUACAGGAGUAAAAAUAGUUCUAAUUACCUGGAUUUCAUCUUAGUUACUCAAGAAAUCUGAUCACAUGAGCAUUUAACAUCAUUACUAAAACCACAUGUUGUGGGAAAAUAAGGUCAGUUAAUAAAAGAAAACAAAGAUUACAGCUGACUGGAUUGGAUAAUUUAUUGGCACUAUUGUGGGUUCUUACAGCAGUGUAUUAGCUGAAGAAUAAGGAACAGAACUCUGGGCCUCCUUUUAUACUGGUCUAGACAGAUCACAUUGGGUGUUGGACUUUGGAAUCUCCAUUAUGUGCUAACUGUUGUUUCUUAUCUGCUUACAACAGCUUAGCAACAAUACAUGUUGCUUUAGACUCGCAGCCACAUCUCAAGCAACCACAUGAUUAAGGAUUUAAUGCACAAACAGCAUAAAACUAAUA